CAACAUGUCUCGCCCCGGCCGACGGCAGGCAGGAAAUCAGGAAGGCCGACGCUGGGCUGCGUCGCCAGCCUCCGCUUUGCGUCCUCUGGCCUGACGUGAGACGAGACGAGCCGGCGGUCUUUUUCUCCCCUGACAAGUGCAUGGAGUGACUCGACAUGGGCUCGGACGAGGCUUACAAUUUUGUCUUCAAGGUCGUCCUGAUCGGCGAGUCGGGCGUGGGCAAGAGCAACCUGCUGUCGCGCUUCACCAAGAACGAGUUCAACCACGACAGCCGCACCACCAUCGGCGUGGAGUUUAGCACUCGCACCGUGCAGCUCAACAACUUCACCAUCAAGGCGCAGAUCUGGGACACGGCGGGCCUGGAGCGCUACCGGGCCAUCACGUCGGCGUACUACAGAGGCGCGGUGGGCGCCCUCCUGGUGUACGACAUCACUAAGCACCUGACCUACGAGAGCGUGGAGCGAUGGCUGAAGGAGCUGUACGAUCACGCCGACCCUCACAUCGUGGUCAUGCUGGUGGGGAACAAGUCCGACUUGGAGUCGGAAAGGUCUGUGCCCGCCGAGGAGGCCAAGAGCUUCGCGGACAAAAAAGGUCUAUUGUUUCUGGAGACGUCAGCAUUGUCGUCAACUAACGUGGAGGUUGCUUUCAACACUGUCCUAACAGAAAUUCACAAGAAGGUGAGCAGUAAGGAAGUGUCGCGAGGCUCCAUCAGCGCCGUUACAUUGAGCCCCCCCAAAGUGGAGCCCACCCAGGAAAACAAACCUUGCUGCAGGAACGUCUGAGCUUUUGCAAAUUUAACAAAACACCAAGAAAAACAAAAUAGACUGAUUUGAAGCGGUGCUGGCAAUUGAAAUGUGAACAAAAACUAUUUCCCGCCUGCUGCAUUGGACGUCCUGGGUUAACUUUAAUUGAAAUAACACAACUAGAAGACAUUUCAAUGGUUUUCAAAAUUCGUUUUAAAGGGAAAGCUCCGCCCGGUGGCGAAUAUGUGAAGCGCGUGCGUUUGUGUCUUCCAAUUAAAUAAACGAUUUGUGAUCAAAACGGUGAAUUUUGCGAUUCAAAAAUGUUAUUGCACAUUUAAAAUGAUUUUUCCUGACAGGUCAAAGCAGUAGAAGUAAUGUUUUGAUGCCAUUUCGGUGCCAACCAACUAUGUUGAAGUCGAUUUUAGCGUUCCAUCUUUUUUAAGCGGCGCUCUGCUGCCAUCUUGUGGCAUCUUGAUGCUAAACGGUUACUUUAAAGUGAGUUGAGUAGCUUCAUGUAGAGAAAAAUAGUGUUGUGCUGCCAUUUCAGUGCCAACAAACUUGUUGAAGUUAAUUUAAGAGUUCGUUUUUUUUUUUUUAAAUAUAGCUCAGCUGUGGCAUAUUGAAUCCAAAACGCGACUUUAAAGUGAGUUGAGGAGCUCCAAGUAGACAACAUUAUAGUGUUUUGCUGCUAUUGCAGUGCCAACAAACUAUGUUAAAGUUCAUUUAAGAGUUUCAUUUUUUGAAAUAGAGCUCAGCUGUGGCAUCUUGAAUUCAAACUGCGACUUUAAAGUCAGUUGAGGAGCUUCAUAUAGACAACGAUAGUGUUUUGCUGCCAUGAAAGUGCCGACAAACUACGUUGAAGUCAAUUUAAGAGUUUCAAUUUUUAAAGUAGAGCUCAGCUGUGGCAUCUUGAAUCCAAACUUUAACUUUACAGUGAGUUAUGGAGCUUCAUAUAGACAAUAUUAGUGUUUUGUUGCCAUUAUAGUACUAACAAACUAUGUUGAAGUCAAUUUAAGAGUUACAUUUUUUAAGUAGAGCUUUGCUGUGGCAUCUUGAUGCCGAACCGCAACUUUAAGGUGAGUUGAGGAGCUUCAUGUAGACAAAAAUAGUGUUUUGCUGCCAUUUCAGUGCCAACAAACUAUGUUGAAGUCAAUUUAAGAGUUUCAUUUUUAAGUAGAGUUCAGCUGUGGCACCUUGAUGUCAAAAUGUGACUUUAACGUGAGUUGAGGAGUUUCAGAUAGACAUUAGUAGUGUUUUGCUACCAUUUCAGUGCCAACAAACUAUGUUGAAGUCAAUUUAAGAGCUCCAUUUUUCAAGGUAGAGCUCAGCUGUGGGAUCUUGAUGCCAAACAGCUACUUUAAAGUAAGUUUGGGAGCUUCAUAUAAACAAAGAUAGAGUUGUGCUGCCAUUAUAGUAGCAACAAACUAUGUUGAAGUCAAUUUAAGAGUUUCAAUUUUUAAAGUAGGGCUCAGCUGUGGCAUCUUGAAUCCAUACUUCAACUUUAAAGUGAGUUAUGGAGCUUCAUAUAGACAAUAUUAGUGUUUUGUUGUCAUUAUAGUGCUAACAAACUAUGUUGACGUGAAUUUAAGAGUUACAUUUUUUAGGUAGAGCUUUGCUGUGGCAUCUUGAUGCCGAACCGCAACUUUAAGGUGAGUCGAGGAGCUUCAGAUAGACAUUAGUAUUUUGCUGCCAUUUCAGUGCCAACAAACUAUGUUGAAGUCAAUUUAAGAGCUCCAUUUUUCAAGGUAGAGCUCAGCUGUGGGAUCUUGAUGCCAAACAGCUACUUUAAAGUAAGUUUGGGAGCUUCAUAUACACAACAAUAGAGUUGUGCUGCCAUUAUAGUGCCAACAAACUAUGUUGAAGUCAAUUUAAGAGUUCUGUACUUUUAGGUAGAGCUCAGCUGUGGUAUAUUGAUGCCAAACUGCUACUUGAAAGUGAGUUGAGGAGCUUCGUGUAGACGACUAUAGUGUUUUGCUGCCAUUUCAGUGCCAACAUUUUUUCAAAGUAGAGCUCAGCUGUGUCAUCUUGUGGCAUAUUGAUGCCAAAUAUCUACUUCAAAGUGAGUUGAGGAGCUUUAUGUAGACAAAAAUCGUGUUUUGCUGCCAUCUAGUGGUUCGUGUGAGUGCCAUUGUCAGUGAUAGGCGUUCAACAUGUUUUAUGGCAGUCAGUGAGUAAGUUACAGGUUUUUGGACAUUGAUAAAAUAGUCUAAUAAAAUCGGUUGAAAAAUAAACUUGGUAUGACCUGAUUUUAAUGUCAAUGCAUUCACUUUGAUGGGAGCGUUGUCACAACCAACAUGGCCGCUCUGAGGCAGAGAAAGGUAUUUUUUUCUGCCAUGAAUUUAAAUUACUUUAUCCAGAGCUUAUAAUUUCUUGACGUCGAUUAUUAGACGAAUUUAUUAUGCCUAGAUUUUUGGUAUUUCG